GCUGGGGCUUCCGGCGGCAGGUAGCCGUGAUUGGUGGAGCCCGGGAAAGAGGGCGGGGCAUCGGGAAAUUCGAAUGGAGAGGCGGGCCCAAGGAAAUAGUAGCAUGGACGCGGGGGUCCCGGCGCGGAGCCGACGCGAGAUGGCGGCGGCGACCUCGGGAGCCGGUCGCUGUCGGCUAAGCAAGGUGGGAGCUGGCCGGCGCCCACCUCCAGCUCGAGUAAGGGUAGCUGUGCGACUGCGGCCAUUUGUGGAUGGAGCAGCUGGAGAAAAUGAUACCCCCUGUGUACGGGGCCUGGACAGCUGUUCUCUAGAGAUUGCCAACUGGAGGAACCACCAGGAGACUCUCAAAUACCAGUUUGAUGCUUUCUAUGGGGAGAGGAGCUCUCAGCAGGACAUCUAUGCAGGAUCAGUGCAGCCCAUCCUAAGGCACCUGUUGGAAGGGCAGAAUGCCAGUGUGCUUGCCUAUGGGCCCACAGGAGCAGGUGAGGAAGCCAGAUACAGAAGAGCUACGGGUCAGAAAGGACUCGGGAGUGGGGAAGAAAUUCUCACAGCUCUUCCCACUCCUUUUCCAGGGAAGACGCACACAAUGCUGGGCAGCCCAGAGCAACCUGGGGUGAUUCCCCGGGCUCUCAUGGACCUCCUACAGCUCACAAGGGAGGAGAGCGCUGAGGGCCGACCUUGGGCCCUCUCUGUCACUAUGUCCUAUUUAGAGAUCUAUCAGGAAAAGGUAUUAGACCUCUUGGAACCUUCAUCAGGAGACCUGGUGAUCCGAGAAGACUGCCGAGGAAACAUCCUGAUUCCGGGCCUCACGCAGAAGCCCAUCACUAGCUUUGCUGAUUUUGAGCAGCAUUUCCUGCCAGCCAGUCGAAAUCGGACAGUAGGAGCCACCCGGCUCAACCAGCGCUCCUCCCGCAGUCACGCUGUGCUCCUGGUUAAGGUGGAUCAGCGGGAACGUUUGGCCCCAUUUCGCCAGCGGGAGGGAAAACUCUACCUGAUUGACUUGGCUGGCUCAGAGGACAACCGGCGCACAGGCAACAAGGGCCUGCGGCUAAAGGAGAGUGGAGCCAUCAACACCUCCCUCUUUGUACUGGGCAAGGUGGUCGAUGCGCUGAACCAGGGCCUCCCUCGGGUGCCCUACCGGGACAGCAAGCUUACUCGCCUGUUGCAGGACUCUCUGGGUGGCUCGGCCCACAGCAUCCUGAUUGCCAACAUUGCCCCUGAGAGAUGCUUCUACCUAGACACAGUCUCUGCACUCAACUUUGCAGCCAGGUCCAAGGAGGUGAUCAAUCGGCCUUUUACCAACGAGAGCUUACAGCUUCAUGUCUUGGCACCUAUUAAACUGUCUAAGAAAGAACUGCUAGGCCCAUCAGAAGCAAAGAGAGCCCGAGGCCCUGAGGAAGGGGAGACUGGGAGUCCUGAACCCCCAGCAGCUCCAUCUUCUGCCUCCCAGAAACUCAGCCCCCUACAGAAGCUAAAUAGCAUGGACCCAGCUAUGGUGGAGCGCCUUCUAAGCUUGGACCGUCUGCUGGGCUCCCAGGGGAGCCAGGGAACCCCUCUGCUGAGCACCCCAAGGCGAGAGCGGAUGGUGCUUAUGAAGACAGUGGAGGCGAAGGAUCUGGAAAUUGAGAGGCUUAAGAUGAAGCAAAAAGAACUGGAAGCCAAGGUGCUGGCCCAGGAGGCUGCACACCCGAAGGAGAAAGAGAACUACUCUCCCACAAUGCUCCGACCCCUUGCCCGCCACACAGUCACAGUGGCUAAGCCCCUCAAAAAGGCUGUGGUGAUGCCCCUACAACUGAUUCAGGAGCAGGCAGCAUACCCAAAUGCCGAGAUCCAUAUCUUAAAGAAGAAAGGCCGGAAGAGAAAGCUGGAGUCCCUGGAUGCCUCAGAGCCGGAGAAGGGUGAGGACUGCUGGGAGCUACAGAUCAGCCCAGAGCUACUGGCCCAUGGGCGCCAAAAAAUAUUAGAUCUGCUGAAUGAAGGGUCAGCCCGGGAUCUGCGCAGCCUGCAGCGCAUUGGCCAAAAGAAGGCUCAGCUCAUCGUGGGCUGGAGAGAGCUCCACGGGCCCUUCAGCCAGGUGGAGGACCUGGAACGCGUGGAGGGUAUAUCCGGGAAACAGAUGGAGUCGUUCCUUAAGGCGAACAUCCUGGGUCUUGCCGCGGGCCAGCACUGUGGGCCCUCCUGACAGCCGGCUCUCCUCCUCACUCUGCCUUUUUUUUUUUAUCUUUUUAAAUCCUUGUGUAAUUGCUUGUCCUGUAAAUACAGUUUUCACUCCGUUG